AAUUUUUUUUUUCUAAGUAUUACCAAAUAUAGACAAAUUGAGAAUUGUCUUCCAAGUUAACAAGGUUUUACAUAUAUUUGUUGCGGCUCUGCAAAACGCCUCAUUUGAGAAUAGUGAAAAAAAUAUGGCAAGAGAUAGUUGUCUAGCAAGAGUAACUGCUGGUGUUGCUAUAGGUGGUGCAGUUGGUGGCGCUGUUGGUGCUGUAUAUGGGACUUAUGAGGCUGUUAGGUUCAAGGUGCCUGGACUUCUAAAAAUCAGAUACAUUGGACAAACAACUUUGGGAAGUGCAGCCAUUUUUGGACUCUUCUUGGGUGCUGGGAGCUUGAUACACUGUGGAAAAUCUUACUGAGCAUAUAUUUGCUAGCUGUGUGGAAUUGAAUUGUUGUUAUCAGAAUAAUGUGCUUCUGCAAUUCCAAUAUAUUUGAGUUUAGUGAUACUUAUUGCUGAUUCAAACAUUUGACCUUUUCUCUUGCCUUUCAGCUUUAGUUUGUGUUUGGUCGAUCAAUUUAAUAAACACUUUUGAGCAACAAUUAGUGCUUGUUCAAGCUUUUAAAA